UUGUAGGGGUGUGCGUUGACCCAAAGGAUCAGAGCAGAGGUGGGAGAAGUUAACCACUGAGCGUCCCCACUAGCCGGCGAGAUCCCUCCCGUUUCCCCGCCCACCAAGCCCGGGACCCGCCCAAUCCCCGCCCAUCAGCCGAAGCCACGCCCCCAGCCCUGUCGGUCCGUCAAAGGCCCCACCUCUGCGUCCCCUCUCCAGGUCCAGUCCGACCCCAUCCCACAGCCUAACCUUCACCCCGCGGGGAAGGAAACGAGGACUUCUCCUCCGAGGCUGGAUGAAAAAGGAGUCAACGCGUCUCUCACUGCCUGAAGCACCUCCGGCCCCGAGAGCCGCAGCGCCGGCCACUUCCGCUCCUGGCGUCCGGAAGCGGAAGUGCGCGGCUGCGGCCGACUGGGGCGGGUGUGCUGGGCCGCGCGGCGCGCCGCGGUGGGAGUGUCUCCGGCCGGUCUGCAGACUGGGACUCUCGACUCAAAUCCCAAGUGUCUCCUCCCGUGCAGGAUAUUUUGGAGGGAAAUUCAUCCCCGGGUUUGCACAUGGUUCCCCUGAGUCAACACGUCCGUUAGAGGGAGUCAGACAUCGGUCGUGUGCAGUGCGCUUUGCUCCUCAACAGUCACGGGAAACUUCUGCCUGCUGGAGAAGCCCCAAGAAGUCGGGAACGGGAGAGAGCCCGCACUGCCCUGGAGCCUGCAGCCACCUGAGCGAGGCGCACGUCUGAGCACGCUGCAAAUGUGCCUCGGCGGGGAGGGGAGCAGCCCUGGGCGCUUCACGGGUGUCAGCAAGGUUGCCCUCAUCGCUCACCCGCUGCCAGGAGCAGACUCUGCCCGGAGAGCGGAUUCGGCCACAGCCUGAGCGCCUUCAGGAGGAACUCUAACCUGGACCUGACUGAGACAGCCCUGGGGGACAGCUACCCUGACUUAUGUAAAGGAUGUGAGAGCGCUCUCGUGGAUCGCUCCCCACUUAGGGGACACGUCGAGAUCCCACGCUGGAAAUCAGCCCUUGUCAAAGCUUGGAAAAGCCUUCAGAGCCGGCUGGCGCGCCCCAGUGCACCAGGGAACACACAUCGGGCCCCCUGACCCCCCACUUUGGCCCUGACUUCCUGCCUCUCCGAACUACAGGAAUUUCCAAGGUGGAGAAUGUCCUCCAGUAGCUGCUUGGGAAAGGGCGUGUUGCUUUUGAGGCCCUGAAAAUAUGCGAAAAUAUCUUACUGGAGCUGCCAGCUUGCAGGGGCCUCAUCUGGCAGGAUCGUUGUGGUAACCCCAUGCAGAACAUUCUGUGCAUCGUUGCAGAGCCCUGGAUUAAUGCUUGUGCAGUGAAGGAAUGAACACGGGUACCCCAGGCUUUCACUGCCCCCCUGCCCCGCCGAGCAGAUGGACCCUGUGAGGGAGGGAGCGAGGAUGGCCCACAUCUGUCCUCUCCAGUUUCUGUGGGCUCUUUCCUCUUAGUACGGGGUUCCAGCACCUUCCGCAGAGCUCUACCUUCAGCUCAGAAGCGAGCACCGAGUGUGGGAGAGGAGGGGCUUCUGCUGCAUCGAGCCCCAGGAAGCAGGCGGUCGCAGAACGUUCUGAGCGGGGAGAGGAGGGCCACUCGGACAUGCACGUGCAGAAGUUGAGUGGUUCGUCAUGAAGACACGUAGCCCGUAAGUGGUACGGCCACGUUUGGAGCUGGGAGUCCAAUCCAGGCCUGCUGCAGAGGUGCAGAGGUAGCCACCGGGACCUGCUGCCCAGGGUCACACAUCCUGCCACGCGGCUGAAGGCACUGACUAUUGGGCUCGUCCUUCCGGGCUUCAGUGGGCCUUGUCCCGACGACUGAGGCCCACAUGGCGGCCCUGAGGCCUCCCCGUCAUGACUAGAUGGGCCAGGGGAGGGCACGAGAGAGCUGGGGACUGCUUGCAGAAGAGUCCCAAGAGGAGGCUGCGGAAGGGGUGUCUCCGGGCUCAGCCCUUCUUCCGUCCCAGCCGCCCUCCCCCGUGCCGUGUCUCCUCCAUGCUGUUUCAGGGCACGGGGAUGUUAGCUUGUGUGAGCGCUGGAGAAGGGCAGCGUUCAGAGGACGGGCUCUGGAUGGCAGGGCAGAUGUAACCCAACUGUGGCCUGUAGGUAGGCCCCGCGACUGAUGGAUGUCAAAUAGACAAACACAGGCUAAGAAAACACCGAACAACGUUCCUAUUCAGAGCUAAGGGCUCCCAGCCUUCCUUGAGUGAAGCACGUUGCAGUGUCUCUGAGGGCCCGUGGCCUGACCUGCAGUCGGGUCCCCCACCCCAGAACCAGAAAGGGUCGGGUCCACCUCAGCGUCUGUGGCAUGAUUGUUCCUUGAGACCCUUGGUGGCUGGUGGAAUAGGGGGAGUCACCGGAUCUGAAGCUGCCAGACCUGCACGCCUGACUUCUCACAGCACUGCCCCCAAACUGAGGGUCCCUCGGGCCCAGAACACACUCAGUGCCGCCUUUGUCCUGCUCCGUCCCCUCCUUGCCUUCUCCUAGGGGCCGGGGCCAGACCUGAGGAUGCACAUCAGGCCCACAAUUGGAGACAGAGAGACACCUUCGAUUCCAGAGGACCAGCUAUCUCUCUGGCUGUCACCUUGGUCUUCUGGAUAUGUAGGGCGGAAGGCGGCCGCGCAGAUUCAGAGGGUGGCUGUGCCGGUGCCUGCACUGAGUCUCCCUGAGCUGAGAAUGGCUGGGGCUUCUGCUCUGCUUGCCCAGGACCCCGCCUGGCUCCGGAAGGAGAACACAGAGGGGGAGUCUGUGGCUCCUGGGAUGCUGCUCAGCUGUCCGCAGGAACCAGUCACCUUCGAGGAUGUGGCUGUGUUGUUCACUCCGGAAGAAUGGAUGUUUCUAGACUCUGCCCAGAGAAGCCUGUACAGAGAUGUGAUGCUGGAGAACUAUAGGAACCUGGCCUCUGUGGGAGAUCAGCUCAGCAAAUUCAGUUCGUUUUCCCAUUUGGAGCAAGGAGAAGAGUGGUGGCCGACGGAGAGAAGAGUCUUCCCGGGAAGCUGUCCAGAACCUUCGCUUCCACCCCAAGGUUCAAUUCCUAACCAAGAUAUUUUUGCAGAGAUUUCCGUUGACAUGGAAAGGGGGCGGCCUCAGACGGGAGAAAACCUCUACGAACGUAGUGAACUCGGAAAACCCUCGCCCGGCGUCCGACCGCUUUUCCAGUACCAGAGCGUUCGUGCUGGAGGCGACCCCUGCGAAUGCCCAGAGAGCGGAGGAUCCUUCUUCCAGCCCGCUCGGCUCCUCGCGCCUGAGAAGAUCCGCCGUGGGGACAGAACCUUCGCGUGUCGCCAGUGUGAGAAGUCCUUCAGAUACAGCUCCGACCUGAUCAGGCACGAGAAGACCCACACCGCGGAGAAGUGCUUUGAGUGUCAGGAGUGUCGGCAGACCUUCAAGUACUCCUCGAAUCUGCGGCGUCACCUGAGGACUCACACCGGAGAGAAGCCCUUCGAAUGUGCCCAGUGUGGGAAAACCUUCACCAGGAACUUCAACCUGAUUUUGCACCAGAGAAACCACACGGGCGAGAAGCCCUACGCAUGUAAGGACUGUGGGAAGGCCUUCAACCAGCCAUCCUCCCUGCGGAGCCACGUGAGGACUCACACCGGCGAGAAGCCCUUCGGGUGCAGUCAGUGUGGGAAAGCCUUCAGGGAGCACUCGUCGCUGAAGACGCACCUGCGAACGCACACCCGGGAGAAGCCGUACGAAUGCAGCCAGUGCGGGAAGCCCUUCCGGACGAGCACGCACCUGAACGUGCACAAGAGGAUACACACCGGGGAGAAGCUGUACGAGUGCGCUACGUGCGGCCAGGUGCUGAGUCGCCUCUCGACCCUCAAGAGUCACAUGCGAACCCACACCGGAGAGAAGCCCUACGCGUGCCCGGAGUGCGGGCGUGCCUUCAGCGAACCUUCGUCCCUCCGGAAACACGCGAGGACCCACACGGGCAAGAAGCCCUACGCGUGCCAGGAGUGCGGGCGCGCCUUUGGUCAGUCUUCACACCUCAUCGUGCACGUGAGGACCCACACCGCAGGGAGGCCCUACGCGUGCAGUCAGUGUGAGAAGGCCUUCAGGCACAGCUCUUCGCUCGCCGUGCAUAAAAGGGUUCAUGCCGGGAGAGAAAGCGCUCAGAGCGCUGGCCUGCCUCUAUCAGUGUCCCAGCCGUAUGUCGGGCCCCUUGCUGAUUAAUGUUUGACUUUUAUUUUUUUUAAUUUAAUUUUUAAAUUAUCAGAGAGAGAGAGAGAGAGAAUGCACGUGCGUGGGGGACGAGCAGAGAGAGAGAAUCUUUUUUUUUUUUUUUUUUAGUAUUUAUUUAUUUUUGAGAGAGAGAGAGAGGGAGGGAUUGUGAGCGGAGGAGGGGCAGAGAGAGAGGGAGACACAGAAUCCGAAGCAGGCUCCAGGCUCUGAGCCGUCAGCACAGAGCUCUACACGGGGCUCGAACCCACGAGACGUGAGAUCACCACCUGAGCCGAAAUCGGUCGCUUAACCGACUGAGCCACCCAGGCGCUCUGGGAGAGAGAGAAUCUCACGCGGGUGUGGAGCCCGAUGCGGGACUCGAUCCCACAACCCUGGGAUCAUGACCUGAGCCGAAACCAAGAGUCGGACGCUCAACCCAUUGAGCCACCCAGGCACCCUCCAAGUUUUCUAAAAGUAUAAACGUUCCAGGCUGUCAUCCUCUCUCGUGGCACUCGUUUGGCCACAUUCCAUGUUUUGAUGUGUAAUAUUUUCAUUUUGGUUGAAAUCUAAGUAUUGUCUUAGUUUCUGUUAUCACUUAUUCUUUGGCCCGUGAGUGAUCUGUAAUUAGAUUUUAAAACCAUGGGAUGUGGAUAUAUUUUUCCAGAGGUAUAAUUACUCCUAGCGAAAUGCAUAAACCUUAAUUGUACAGCUGGAGGAGUCUGACAGGUUCGUACGUAUGUUCAUGUCACCAACCCGCCAUUCAAGGUAUACAACAUUUCUAUCAUUCCAGAAAGUUCCUGCAUGUGUAUGGGUGUUUUUUUUUGUUUUUUUAGUUGCCUUUUUGUUGUUGGUUUUUAAUUUAAUUACAUUGUGAGCAGAAAAUGUGGUCUUUAUGUUAUCGAAUAUUGGGUAUCUGUUUUUAACGUGGCAUAUCCUGCUAGUUGCCUAUCAAAAUUGCCCCUUGUUCCUUAAAAAACCACUUAGGUUUUUCUUGUUCGGGUUGGUACGAUGCGCUCUUGAAAAACCCCGUACCUCCCAGCCUCCUCCUUGCAGCUAGGGGACGCCACGGCCCCCCCCCCCCCCCCCCCCCCAGUCCCGGCCAUUCUAAGUAUGAGAAGUCAUUGGGUGUGAUUCCGGGGAAGGAUGUUGCAAAGGAACAUUUAGCCAGAUCCCUCCACUUCUUGCCCUUUGUACAAACAGACAUGAUGCCCAGUGCUCGAGAAGCCAUCCCACGGCCAUGAGGGUAAAGGCUGCAGCUGAAGAGAGUGUAGCCAGACCUCACGACCAUCCUGGCUCCCCAGCUGGUAUCUUUGUGUGGCUGCCCCGGACUGUUUGUUUCUGGAUAUCUUGUUACAUGGAAAAGGUGCACUUCUUACUGGCACAGGACAUUGCUGUUUUGGGGAGGGGGCCGGGGAGGGUAGGGGUGGGUUUAUUACGGCCAAGUGCUGUAUCCAGCUGGUGCACUUAGUGUGUGGUCGGUUGUCAUAAAUGCUUCCUGUGUCGUUGAAGCCAAUGUAUUGUAUUCUGCAUAUAGAAUACAAUCCACUAGAUCAUAUUAUUUGUGUUUCAAAAUCUUCUCCACAUUUAUAGGUAUUGGUAUAGGUCUCUAUCUUAGUCUGUUCGGGCCGCAUAACAAAAAUAGCAUAGACUGGAUGGCUUAUAAACAGCAGAACUUUCUUCUCAGAGUUCUGGAGGCUGGAGUCUGAGAUCAGGAUGCUGGCAGGUUUGAUGUCUGGUGAGGCCUGCUUCAUGGUUCGUAGAUGGCUGUCUUCUUGCCUGUGUCCUCACAUGGCAGAAAGAGAGCAAGGGAGCUCGUGGGGGUGUCCUUUAUAAAGGCACCAGUCCCAUUCCUGAGGGCUGCACCCUUUUGAUCUCAUCACCUCCCUCCUUAUACCAUCACAGGGUGGGAAUCAGGCUUCAGAAUGUGAGUGAAGCGUGGGGCACAGACAUGAAUCAUUCAGUCCGUAUCCGUAUCCGUCUUUGAUCUGUUUACCAGAAGAGCUAUGUUAAACUCUCCCACCAUGGUUGCUGAAUAAAUCUUGUAAUGCUGUCAGUUUUGAAAUUUAUAUAUUUUGAAGCAGUCAAAUUAAAUGAGAAGGUUUUUAUA